UCGGCUUCCUUACCCAGCGUGCACUUCAAUGACAUUCUGAGCUUUUAUAAGUCAGUUCUCUGCAGCGGGGUUUAAAGAUGUCGUUAACCUUUUUAUUCCGAACAAUUACAAGAGACUUUGCAAAGCUCAACGUUACUGGUUCAGUUUCAAUCAGUAUUUGCCAGCAUGUACAGUCGUUACACACAGGUUGUCAGCUCUUGGCAGCGGAGAAAGCCCUCCUGAUCAAACUGCGGAAAAGCACUGGCUACACUUUCAUUAACUGCAAGAAAGCACUGGAGAGGUUCGAUAAUGACGUAACACAGGCAGAAACCUGGCUGCAUGAGCAGGCCCAGAAGGAGGGCUGGAGCAAAGCAAGCAAGCUGGAGGGUCGCAAAGCCAAAGAGGGACUGGUUGGCCUGUUUAUUCAAGAGCAAGCUGCAGUUAUGGUGGAGGUGAACUGUGAAACAGACUUUGUGGCCCGUAAUGAGAAGUUCCAACAGCUGGUUAAGGAUGUUGCAUUCGUCACCUUGGCUCACCACCGGAAUAAAACCCAAAGCAAGACAGGAUAUGUUAAGAGUGUCCUGGCAAGUGAUGAGUUAAACAAACUCCGUGUGGAUGAAGGAGCUUCACUUUCUGAUCGGGUGGCUCUCACAAUUGGUCGCCUCGGUGAGAACAUGUCAGUGAGGCGGGCAGUGAUGGUGGAUGUGCCAAAGGAGUGGCACAUUGGCUCAUAUGUACACGGUGGUGUGCGCGACCAGACUGAGGUGGCCAUGGGUCGCUACGCCGCCCUGGUCGUAUUUCAUGGGGGGGAGAAGCGAAAAUUAGAAGUUCUAGGACGUAAGCUGGGACAGCAUAUAGUGGGAGAGUCCCCUGUGUCCCUGGGCAACAUGGAUGACCUGCCUUGUGGUGAAAGUGAGACACGUCUGCUUCCUCAGACCUUCAUGGGAGACCCCAGCAGGACUGUUGCACAGUUCCUCAGAGGUCAACAAGCUCGAGUGCUGGACUUUGUCCGAUUUCAGUGUGGAGAGACAGCCAGUGAAGAAGCUAAAUGAAGGGAUGACAAAUUAUUUUGGAUAAAUAAUUACCCUGUGUCUUUAUUUAAUAUUAAGAUAUAAAUGCAACUACCCAUUUAUUCUUGAACAUUCAGAAAGCAGACUAUUUGAAAGCAGAAUAUACCAGCACUGGUGCCUGAUGAAAUUACCAA